AGAAGCCUCGGGUAGUAGUGAUGCCGGAAUCCGCAGGCAGAAGAACGCUGCUUGUUCGGCAUCUCCCGGCCGAACUCAGCCCAGAUGAACAGAGAGACCUGCUGGAGAAAACCGGAGCAGAGAGCGUUCGGUUAUGGAGAAAUGGGAAACUGAAGCAUAUGGCGUUUGCCUCAUACCCUAAUGAAUUUGCGGCUGCAAAGGCGCUGUCCAUUCUUCACCAGCUGAGUGUCCUGGGCCACACUCUUGUGGUAGAGUAUGCCAAAGAGGACCGCAUACACCUGGAGGACCAGCCGUCCUUCUCAGUCAAGAAGAUAAGUUCUGAGGACAACGUCAAAGAGCCAAAUCUUCCAAACCAGAUCACCAUAGAGAAAGGAAUUGCUCCUAGUCAUGGGAUUAUCUUCCCAAUCCGGCCAAGUCUGAAGUACCUGUACCCCCCUCCCACCAGCACGGUGCUAGCAAACAUCGCCAAUGCCUUGGCAUGCGUGCCCAAGUUCUACGUGCAGGUGCUGCAUUUAAUGAACAAAAUGAACCUUCCUGCCCCCUUCGGACUUUUGACUGCACAGCCGCCCUUGCAUACAGAGUACUUACCCGCACCGUACCCACCAGUACCUUCGUAUGCCCCUGAGAACCCCCCACUGCCGGAACUGGAUGAUGACUAUGACAUGGAGGUGUCCAGCCGGGAGGAGUCGGAGUAUGAGAGUGGUGAAGAGGAAGACAAAGAGAGAGUGGCUCGUCUGAAGGAACUAGCAGAUAUGCUUCCCAAAAGGCCAAAGCAAGCCAAGCAGCGCCCCCCACGGAAGAAGAUGAGAGUAAAAGACCUCAUUGCUCCUGCAGCGCCCCAUAGCAUUACCCACAAACCUCUGCUGGCCUCUGAGGUCUUUGAACAGCCCCUUAAUGUUGGUCCUAAGAAACUGGAGCUUCAUAUUCCUGCAGACAUCUCAGCUGUGCCUGACCAGUCAGAAAAUGAAGUGGAAGAUGUAGAAGAUGCAUCUGGCUUUGGAAAGAUUUUCCCCUCUAAUGUUCCUAAAGCUCAGGAGAGUGAGGAGGAGGAUGAAGAUGAGAUGCCACUGGAAUUUAUAUCACGGAGGGAGCUGGAAAAAGGACGAAUUUCUAAAGAAGAGAUGAGAAAACUUUCUAUAUUCAAAAACUAUGACGCCGGAGAACCCAACUGCCGACUGUACGUGAAAAACCUCUCAAAACAAGUGGAUGAGAAGGAACUGAAGUUUAUCUUUGGGAGGUUCAUCAACUUUUCGUCUGAAACUGAAAAAAAUAUGUUUGACAUUCGGCUUAUGAAAGAAGGACGAAUGAAAGGACAAGCAUUCAUUGGGUUUCCCAGCGAGGAGGUGGCAGCACGAGCCUUGAGACAUGCGCAUGGAUAUUCUCUUCAUGAAAAACCCAUGGUCAUUCAAUUUGCACGCUCUGCUCGCCCUAAGCCCACCCCUGAAAAGCCACAAAAGAAACGAUAAAUGUUUUACUGCAGUAACGAUCAGCUCCCAGCAGCCAUAGCCUGUGUGCCAGUUCUUUCCUUUUAAUGGGCAAAGCAGAUGUGCUACAUGACCGUGUAAUUGCUGCUUGACAUGAAAAGCGUAUCCUUUGUUGUUGUAUCCUUUUAUAAAUGUAUUUGUGCUCACCCUGUGCAGAACACACACAAGGCGACCCCCUCUAUACGCUGGGUUAUUAGGCCCCUCUAUACGCUGGGUUAUAUGUCCCCUCUAUACGCUGGGUUAUAUGUCCCCUCUAUACGCUGGGUUAUAUGUCCCCUCUAUACGCUGGGUUAUAUGUCCCCUCUAUACGCUGGGUUAUAUGUCCCCUCUAUACGCUGGGUUAUAUGUCCCCUCUAUACACUGGGUUAUUAGUCCCCUCUAUACACUGGGUUAUUAGUCCCCUCUAUACACUGGGUUAUUAGUCCCCUCUAUACACUGGGUUAUUAGCUCCCUCUAUACACUGGGUUAUUAGCUCCCUCUAUACGCUGGGUUAUUAGCUCCCUCUAUACGCUGGGUUAUUAGUCUCCUCUAUACGCUGGGUUAUUAGUCCCCUCUAUACGCUGGGUUAUUAGUCCCCUCUAUACGCUGGGUUAUUAGUCCCCUCUAUACGCUGGGUUAUUAGUCCCCUCUAUACGCUGGGUUAUUAGCCCCUCUAUACGCUGGGUUAUUAGCUCCCUCUAUACGCUGGGUUAUUAGCUCCCUCUAUACGCUGGGUUAUUAGCCCCCUCUAUACGCUGGGUUAUUAGCCCCUCUAUACGCUGGGUUAUUAGCUCCCUCUAUACGCUGGGUUAUUAGCUCCCUCUAUACGCUGGGUUAUUAGCCCCCUCUAUACGCUGGGUUAUUAGCCCCCUCUAUACGCUGGGUUAUUAGCCCCCUCUAUACGCUGGGUUAUUAGCUCCCUCUAUACGCUGGGUUAUUAGCCCCCUCUAUACGCUGGGUUAUUAGCCCCCUCUAUACGCUGGGUUAUUAGCCCCCUCUAUACGCUGGGUUAUUAGCCCCCUCUAUACGCUGGGUUAUUAGCCCCCUCUAUACGCUGGGUUAUUAGCCCCCUCUAUACGCUGGGUUAUUUGUCCCAUAUACACUCUCUUAUUCUCUAGGGGCAAAUGGGGAAAUUGUACAAAGACCGGAGUGUGAGCUGUUUUGUGCUUUAUUUGCAUGCGGCUCAGACGUCGCACUGUUCCAGACUGUAGGUGAUGAUACGACCAUGUGGGACACAAUUUGUCUGUAAGGUUUUUCUUUGCAGGUGUCACCAGUGAAGCUCCAGCGGAUCCCGCGCUAUGGAGCGUGGUGCGGCGCAGUCACUUGUAUGUUUCUGGAAUUGUCCUGUAAAUGUUUUUUUAUCAUGUAAAUAAAUUUUAUUUUGCACUA